AUGGCUACCUUCACGUACAAUAUCACCUCCCCUGGACCUGCUGAUGGUUCUCCCUCGCCUCAGCUGCACACAGUGCGCCUCCUGGAAGCGUACACUCCUGAUCCUUGGUCAGACGAAGAGCCCCAGCACCUCCUUGCAAUGCCCAUGCCCGUGCCCGUGCCCCUCUUCUCUGCGUCCGGUGACCUCUCUAAGAAUGCAGCAAAUGAUGUUUCCCCACCGUCACUCCAACUGUCGGAUUUCUCUGACGACCCCAUCGAGGAGGCUCAGCCAAGCCCGAGCGACGUUGCCGAUGACCCACCCAAUCGACGAGAGCCAACUCUCCCGGCCUUAGACGAUCGCGAAGGCAACACAUCGAAGGAGCCGUUGAAUUACUCCGAUGAUUCCAUCGAGGCUAGCCCACGUCCGGGCGAGGAACGCCACAUCCAAGCCCACCAAUCGGAGCAAGUUACCCCCCUGGUGUCCGACUGUUGGGAAGGUGAUGCGUUGGGGGAGACGCUGGAUAAGCAGGAAUACAUUAUCUUGCCCCUUUCUCAGGUGAAGAUUCUGAAGCUGGUGUAUAAGCGAGACGGGGAUGAGAUGUACCAGAUAGUGGGAUGGAUAGAUUUACAAGAAACACGCGGAUAUGGCACACAAAGAAAGCCGUGGAAGUACUCAGGUUCUGCUGAGAGGGUUCCAGAGGGCUACGAGAUUUAUGCCAAGAUGACAUUGGACGAUUUGCAGGAGCAUGGAGGGUUGGAACUGCUGGCAGCUUAUUACUCCUGGAAUAACAAAUGUCGUCGAACGAGGUCAUGCGGAUUACGUCAGCAUUGA